AUGAGAGCGAGCUAUAUUCUUUUUUGUUUCUUUAUGUUUCUUGCCUCAUCUUCAGCCCAUCCGGGCAACAAGAAGCAGUACAAACCAUGCAAGGAGUUAGUCCUAUACUUCCAUGACGUUAUUUACAAUGGCAAGAAUGCUGCUAAUGCAACAGCAGCAAUUGUAGCAGCACCGGAAGGUGCUAACUUGACCAUCUUAGCAAGCCAUUUCCAUUUUGGCAACAUUGCAGUGUUUGAUGACCCCAUUACCCUCGACAACAAUUUUCAUUCACCACCGGUUGGUAGGGCACAAGGAAUGUAUAUUUAUGAUACCAAAAACACCUUCACUUCUUGGCUAGGGUUUUCUUUUGCCCUUAAUUCCACAGACCACCAUGGCACCAUAAAUUUCAUUGGAGCUGACCCAAUUAUGGUAAAGACUAGAGAUAUAUCUGUGGUUGGAGGCACUGGGGAUUUUUUUAUGCACAGGGGAAUUGCAACUAUAGCCACUGAUGCAUUUGAAGGAGAAGUGUAUUUCAGGCUCCGAGUUGAUAUCAAAUUCUAUGAAUGUUGGUGA